CGGCGACGCAAAAUAAAACUCAAAAUCAGCUGUCAGACACUUUUCUGGCUCGGCUCUUGCAGCACACAUUAUUCGUAUUUGUCGUUGUUUUGUACCUACCAGAUAAAAAUUUGCCAUAAAUGUGUUUUUACAGUAGAUAAAACCCACAAAAAAAAGAUAAAACAAAAGCAGCAAUAAAAAGACGAAAACGAGAUAUACUCAAGUCAUUUCACACCGCGACAUGAGCAGCCCAAAGCCUGAAACCACCGUUAAGACCAAAAGUGGCACCAUCGCUGGCAGCCAAUGUACGAGCAUCUAUGGCGAUGAUUACAUCAGCUUUGAGUGCAUUCCAUAUGCACAGCCACCGCUGGGAGCACUCAGAUUCAAAGCUCCGGUGCCAGUGCAGCCCUGGAAGAAGACGCUGAUGUGCCGGCAAAAAGGCGAGAAACCACUGCAAUUUAAUCAAUACACAAAACAGCUGGAGGGCAUUGAGAACUGCCUGUAUCUAAAUGUGUACGUCAAGUCUAUGAAGACGGAGAAACCCUUGCCGUUGAUUGUGUUCUUCUUUGGCGGCGGCUUUGAAAAGGGCGAUUCCUCACGAGACUUGCACAGUCCGGACUAUUUUAUGAUGCGCGAUGUCGUUGUCGCUACGGUGUCGUAUCGUGUGGGACCUUUAGGCUUUCUUAGCCUUGAGAAUCCAGCUGCUGGUGUCCCUGGCAAUGCGGGUCUAAAGGAUCAACUUCUUGCCAUGAAAUGGAUCACGCAGAAUGCAGCCAGUUUCAAUGCGGAUCCCGCAAAUGUAACCGCAUUUGGCGAGAGUGCUGGCGCCGCCUCGGUGCACUAUCUAAUGCUGAAUCCCAAUGCCGCUGGACUCUUUCACAAGGCCAUCAUGCAGUCUGGAAAUGCGCUGUGUUCCUGGUCUCUGUGUCCAAUACCCAAUUUGGGUCGUCGUCUCGCUGAGAACUUGGGAAUGAAGCAUGUGCAACAGGCAUCGGACACAAAAGUGUUGGAAUUUCUGCAGAGCGUGCCUGGUGACAAACUAGUGACACCGUAUCUACUCAGUCAAGCCGAAAACUUAGACGAUUGUGUCUUCCAGUUUGGCCCUGUGGUCGAACCUUAUAGCAGCGAGGACUGCGUGCUGCUCAAGCCUCCCAUUGAAUUGGUGGAAACAGCUUGGGGCAAUAGCAUUCCAGUUCUAAUGAGUGGCACCUCGUUUGAGGGUCUUCUCAUGUACGCCCGCGUCCAAUUGGCGCCUUAUCUGCUUACCAGUCUCAAAGGUCAACCGCAGCAUAUGUUGCCACUGGAGCUGAAGCGUUCGUUGCCCCAGGCAUUAGCGCUAACGCUAGGCAAGCGGCUGAGGCUGCUGCACUUUGGAGACAGGCCCAUGGAUUUACAAAAAGACAGUGUCGUUGCCUAUUGUGAGUAUGCUAGUUACAAGGUCUUUUGGCAUCCUAUUAUGCGGACUAUCAAGGCACGUCUUCGAGCUUCUGCGGCACCCACAUAUCUAUAUCGCUUUGACUUUGAUUCAUCCACAUUCAAUCAUCAGAGACGCAAGUAUUGCGGUGAUCAAUUGCGCGGAGUAGCCCAUAUUGAUGAUCAUUCUUAUAUUUGGUACGGCGACUUCUCGUGGAAAUUGGACAAACAUACAGCCGAGUUUCAAACCAUUGAACGUAUGAUUGAUAUUCUAACCACAUUUGCGGCCACAUCAAAUCCGAAUUGCGGUAGUGUUCAAUCGAGUUUACCCAAGAACACCCAUUGGCCACCGUUGUCUAAGAAGUUCAUUGUCUGCCUUAAUAUUUCGGAGGAAAUGAAAAUCAUCGAUCUUCCCGAGAUCAAUAAGUUAAAGGUCUGGGAUAGUGUCUACAAAGCUCAGGCAUAAUUUAAAUAGUGAAUAGCUUAAAACAAAAUGAGGCCAUUAAAUUAUAAGUACUUUUUACA